AGUACAUAACAAACUCUCCUCUUUAACUCUUAAACCUUUUUUAAGUGUUUUUAGUUAGUAGUAUUAGCAAUGGGUGGUACUAAGAUGCUUGUAGCACUUGUGCUUUGCCUCAUAGUGUCUACCACCAUGGGACAAAGCUCGUACAGGCCGAAGCGAAGCUGCAGCGAUGAUGCUAUGCAAUGCCGGAUCAAUCGACUAACAUCGAGCGAGCCGAGUGAUAGGAUUGAAUGUGAAGGAGGGUUGAUUGAGUUGUGGGAUGAAAAUGAGGAUCAAUAUUUAUGUAGUGGUGUUCAUGCCAUGAGGGUUACUGUUCAGCCUAACUCUCUUACUCUUCCUAACUUCUUCCCCUUCCCACGCCUCGUCUACAUCGAGCGAGGUGAGGGAAUAAUGGGAGUAACGUUUCCAGGAUGCCCAGAAACAUACCAAUCAGAAGGAAGAGAAGAGGAAAGAAUCGGAGAAGGAGAAAGAGGAUUUAGGGAAUCUAAAGACUUACACCAGAAGGUUCACCGGUUCAAGCGGGGUGAUGUGUUAGCCAUCCCACCAGGUGCUGUACAUUGGUGCUACAAUGAUGGUCCAGAAGACAUUGUUGCUGUCCAUGUCACUGACCUCAAAAACCCUUCCAACCAACUCGAUGCUUCUUUCAGGGCAUUCUACUUGGCAGGUGGAGCAGGAAGGUCAUCACAGGGACGAGAAAGGCAAAGUAGCCACUACGAAUUCUCAAACAUCUUUAGUGUGUUCGACACCUCGCUCAUGGCGGAGGCAUUCGGCGUGCCAGAAGAGGUGAUAUCAAGAAUGCAACAAACCCAAGACCGAAGCUUCAUCAUAAGGGCGGAGAAGGGCGAGAUGAGAAUCCUGGCACCUAAGGGUGAAUGUGACACUGGUUGUGAUGAGGAGGAGCAUGAAACAAGGAGAUCAUCACAUGGAAGGGCACAAAUUGGACUUAUGGGUGUUAAUGGGUUAGAGGAGAGUAUUUGCACCAUGAAGUUGCGUCAUAGUACACUUAAUAGAAAAGACUCCGAUGUUUACACUCGUCGUGGUGGUAGGCUCAACAUUGUUAAUGAACACAAGCUUCCCAUCCUCAAACACAUUGACAUGAGUUUGGAGAAAGGACACAUGUACCCGAACACACUCUACUCCCCACACUGGGCAGUGAACAGCCACAGCAUCAUAUACGUGCUAAAUGGCGACGCACACAUCCAAGUGGUUUCGAAUGAAGGCGAAACCAUCAUGAACGACCGUGUAAGUGAAGGAGAAAUGUUUGUGAUCCCACAAUACUUUGCAGUGUCAGCUAGAGCCGGAAACAACGGUUUCGAGUAUGUGUCCUUCAAGACAACCAGCAGCCCCAUGAAGAGUCCUCUUGUAGGGUAUACCUCAGUAUUUAGGGCAAUGCCAGUCCAAGUUUUAAUAAACUCGUACCAAAUAUCACCCAGAGAUGCACAAGAACUUAAGUACAACAGGCAGCAUCAGACCUUUUUCCUACCUGCAAGGGGUGGACAGAGCACAAGGCUUUAAGGCAGUGCAGUAAAUUACUAAGUUAUGCUACUAAAAGUGGAGUCUAAAUUGGUAGUUUUAACUUGUUUCAUGUUUUCUGCUUUGGUUUUUUAGUGCUUCUUUUGGUGUAGAGUAAGAUAGAUAAGCUUCUUUUGUUGUGUAAUAAAAGAGGCUGUUGCAUGCUUAGCUUAGCUAGCUGGGAUGCAUGUAAAGGCAACGAGUUGCUGCUUGAAAUAAGGUUUCUAGGUGUAAUAAAAAUGAGGUUUUCUCACUUUUUAUGUUAGUAAAUUUUGGUUUUCAUUUUAUUCCUCUAUUGUAUUUUCUUUUAAUUUUAAAGAUGGGGUUAGAUAUGUAACAC